GAUUCGAAUUGGUUGAAUGUGUGGGCAAGGAAUGCCAUGUAAUAACACUGCGACUGGGCGACGGUAAACGACUUCGGAAAUAAUGCUCGCGGAUAUCUUGCAAGACUUAGCAAACGACACCAGCGAGUCGGACGGGGUAGAACAGCUGGUUGUGACAGCUCUCGGAUCUUGCGGACAACAUUACAUAUGCUGGAAGACACGGUCGGGGGAAUAUAGGCAACGCUCAAAUGGACUCCCAAAACCUCUCCAAGAUUGGCUAUUCCCGGCCGACGGUAGCACGAGGCAUUUCGAGACUUUACAGGUGAUACUCUCCGGCGAAAACACGUUCUGGGCUUCCGAUAGGAAUGGGGAGGUACGCAGCGAGCCUCCAGGGCCGCAGCAACGGCUCCGACGGGCCAUGACACUCAGCGGCGAUAGCUUCGCCACGUCACCGAGGCAGCAAGCAGGAAGACCGCGAGGGCUUUCUCGGGGAGAAGCGGAUGAGCGGCCGCGAUCGAGCACAUUACCGUCUGCGUCGCCCACAGUGGAUCAUCUACCUGGCCCACAUCUCAAGCCACCUGCAAGCCAUAGCAGAUCGUCAUCAGCGGAUAAGUUGCGCAAAAUAGCGCUUGUCCCGCUAGCCUUCAACCAACAGAGGAGGUCGUGGGCCAUGCGGCCGCGCAGUUUAGUGUAUGGACACGAUGACCUAGGCGUGCUUAAGGAGCAGCCGAGUCCCAAACGGAGGAGCACACCAUCUGCACCGGCGAAAUCCCCGAGGCCGGCACCCGUGGUGGUCGCGGAUGACAACUGUACUUGCGGCUGUCACAGCGAUGGUACUAAGGGCGCGCACAGACAAGCGCCAUCCAAGGUGGAAGCAAGGGUAGAAGAAAAAGUAGAAGCAAAACCAAAGUCGCGUUACGCAGACGCUUGCGUGCAGACAGAUCCCACACCGGAUCCAGAGCCCGAGGUCGCCGAAGACGAGUUCCUCCAUCGGCGAAGAAGACAUCGUCGCCGAGAAUCCACUUCCUCUACAGCUAGCACAGCCGAUUCGUAUCGCUCGUCAUAUGCUAGCAGCAAGCGAUCGAGUUUCGAUACGAUCACGACGCAGCCCGAUGCCGCAGAGUAUCUGGAGUCGAAAGGGAUAGGGGAAGUAAGGUGGCAGCAGGCGUAUCAACCCCAAGUAUGGGGUUAUGUGCCGAAUCCCGUCAUGAUGGGUCGGAUGCAGGACUACUUCCGUUCUUCAACGUAUACUCUCGGGGCCGCGCUCCAGUAGUUGAACGUUGAAGGAGGGAAAUCAUUGACAUUCUUUUGGGUCGCAGGUAUCAGUCGCGUUCGUGUACAAAAGCAGCAAGGCGUUCUCGGUAUAAGGUAUAGACAUAUAUAUACCUACUUGUCGAUCGACGGACGGAUCCGUCUUUAUUUUUGAAGUAUAUAGAUUUUUUUAAUCAUUGAGAUCGCAGCACAUAUAUAGGAUGAAAAGUACCUACCACUAGGUAUAGGGACUUAUUCAAGAACCAAUAUCAUGAAAUAUUAUUUUCAUCAAUGAUGCACUUGUUCGUUUGAUGGUAUGGAUUGAGGUAGAAAUGUUAAUCUCGACGAUAUCUAUCGAUAAAGUGGGGACCAACGUUAAGGACUGAAGUUAACAGGAUGCCCUAACCGGGAAACUCUUAUAAUUCAGAAGGUCUUACGGCUAAACUCAGGUGUUUAUUCCACUGUACCACAGAACCAAAUC